CUUAUACCUUGUUGAUAUUAAACACUUUUUUUGUAUUACUAUAAAAAUAGUUAACCAUCUCAGAAAUCUCAGAGCAUUAAUUGUUUUCUGACUAUAGACAUUACCCAAUUUCACACAAUUACAAGGAAAUUCAAUGGAAAAUCGCCGUAGAAAGAACAGUUCAGGGGACAAAUUUUCAUUUCCGAUCAUAAUGCCAGUUCAAGAAGGACAAGAAUUGGAAUUUGAGUUUUCUGGUAGCGCGUCGCCAGGGUCUCCAAAAUCACCAGCAGAUCAUUUAUUUUUCAAUGGUAAACUCUUGCCACAUUAUUUCCCAUGUCAACCGGCUAGUAACAUUAGCAGUCCAAUAUCAUUUUCACGUUCGACGAGCAGAACAAGCAGUGUCAGUAGCAAAGAUUCCCUCUUGUCUUCGCGCAGCAAUAGCACAAACAGUAGAAGUAGCUGCAGUAGCAGUGCAAGAACUAGCAUAAGUGAAGCCUCUGAACGCAAACUAAUUGGUCAAGGGAAAAAAUCAGCUUUUACUAUGUAUAUGAACUCGUCGAGUACUCUGCAUACUGGUGUUUCACAAAAGUUGCAGUUUAUUGUGACACCAGCGCCAGUUAUGAAGAAAAAGCGACAAGUUGUUUCUGGAUCUAAGAAAGAGAGUACUACCAAAGGACACAAAGAAUUCAAGUCAAGGAAACAGAACAAGAAAAAUGGUAAGAGAAAAGUAAGGUUUUGGUUUUUUCGAAGUUUUUUCAGGAAGUUUAUAUCUGCAUGCAAGGAAUGUCACGCUAUGGAACCAACGAGAAAAGAGAGGUUUUCUCGUCAUUGAAGAGUUGACAAUAUUGUUACUAAUUGCCUAUUACUACUAGCUGGUUGUUAAUUAUACGUGGCUAGUGUGAUGAUUGGCUAUAUUUUAACGUUGGGAAAUUAUUGAUCUAAGAUUUUGGGGGAGAAAAUUUUCCUCAAGUCUGAUAGCGAUUGAGAAGCUUUGAUUGUGCAAGGUUUUAUGCCAUCCCUUUUCUGUUAAUUGAUUGAUCGUGUUUUGUGUCCUUAUCUCGUUAGCUUAUUUUGGGGUCAAAUG